AUGGCUAGAAUCGGUCGCGGGGGCUUCCUGGCUCUCGCCGUGGUCUUCCAUCUGGUCUACAUUUUCUCCAUCUUCGACAUUUACUUUGUUAGUCCGAUUGUCCAUGGCAUGAGACCAAUUGCUGUUGGGCGAGACCAUGCCCCGUCGAAACGACUCGUCCUGUUCGUAGGGGACGGUCUGCGUGCUGACAAGGCGUUUCAAUCCUUUCCGGACCCCUCUCCCUCCGACCCAGACAACGUCGACACUACUCCGCGGCCCCUCGCUCCCUUUCUACGAUCUCGAGUGCUCGAGCACGGUACCUUCGGCGUCUCUCAUACCAGGGUCCCGACAGAGUCGCGGCCUGGACACGUUGCGCUCAUAGCGGGUCUAUACGAAGAUGUGUCUGCGGUGACAACAGGGUGGAAGUUGAAUCCGGUUGAUUUCGACAGCGUCUUCAAUCGAAGUCGGCACACAUGGAGUUGGGGGAGUCCGGAUAUACUUCCGAUGUUCAAAGAAGGCGCAGUUCCAGGGCGGGUUGAUGCCGAUCAUUAUGCUGCAGAAUUCGAGGACUUUUCACAGGACGCUACUUCGCUGGACGUGUGGGUGUUCGACAAGGUGAAAGAUCUUUUCAAAUCUGCUAGCACAAAUGCCACCCUGGAUGCGAUGCUUCGAGAGGACAAACUUGUCUUUUUCCUGCAUCUACUUGGUCUGGAUACGACGGGGCACUCUUACCGCCCGUAUUCCAAGGAGUAUCUCCACAACAUCAAGAUUGUCGACCAAGGCGUCGAGGCUGUGACGAAUCUGAUCGAGGAGUUCUAUGCUGAUGGGGAAACCUCUUAUGUCUUCACAGCGGACCACGGGAUGAGCGACUGGGGAAGUCAUGGAGACGGCCAUCCCGACAAUACGAGGACGCCCUUGAUCGUCUGGGGUGCUGGAGUAGCCCGGCCCCAGCUGUUUCCAGGCGCGCAAGCUCCCGGCCAUGAGGACGGCCUCUCUUCUGACUGGGGUCUUGACCAUGUCCAACGCCAUGAUGUUGAUCAAGCCGAUGUUGCUGCGCUGAUGGCCUACCUUGCUGGACUGGAGUUCCCGGUCAAUUCUGUUGGCAAGCUUCCUCUAUCUUAUCUUGCUGCACCGGCGCCGGAGAAAGCUAAUGCAUUGCUUGUGAACACCAAGCAAGUCCUCGAGAUGUACAGAGUCAAAGAGGAACAGAAAAGGGCAACAUCGCUGAAUUUUCGACCAUAUCCCCCCUUCUCACAAGCUAACGCCUCUGUGGCCGAUCGAAUUGCUGCCGUCGAGGCGGCAAUCCGCAGCAACCAGUAUGAGUCAGCCAUUCAGCUGUCCUCGGAGCUCUUCGGCCAUGCCUUACAGGGGUUGCGGUACUUACAAACCUAUGACUGGCUUUUCCUUCGAGCACUGAUCACCGUUGGAUAUCUUGGGUGGAUUACCUACGCAAUCACGACCGUCAUCGACAUCCAUGUCCUGCACGGCGCGAUCCAAGACGAGCGGACGAUUGGGACCACCAUGCUGUUUUCGUCUGUCCUGGUUGUAUUAUAUUCGUUCUUCGUCGUGGAACGGUCGCCCAUAACAUAUUACGGCUAUGCCUUUUUCCCCGUCUUUUUCUGGGAGGAAGUGUUUGCCCGGAGGAGGGCUCUCUUUUCUGGACUCAGCGUUCUUUUCGGCCACGUUCAGAGCUUUUCUCGAUCUCUCUCACUUUUUGUACAAGUGUUGCUAUAUUUGUUUGUCAUUGAAGCUUUGGUGGAAUCGUACUUUCACCGUAUCAUCUUCACAAUGUGUUACGUUCUCGCAUCGGUCUUUCCAGCUACGUAUGGUGCCGAUUUUAUCAGAAAGAAUAAAUUAACUGUGCUGGCGUGGGCAGCGGGCUGCCUCAUUCUGAGCACCUUUACGACGCUCCCGGUGGUCAAGAUUGAAAGUUCCAGCAUGAUCACCGCAGGAGGUCUCCUUAUGUUCGGGGCCGGUGUCCUCUAUCUUGCUUUUGAACACAAUAUCACGAGACGAUCGAAAUCGUGGACUCGGGAGACAGAAACCAACGUGGUUUCUCGCGUCCUCAUGGGUCUUCAGGUCGGCAUCAUUGGGCUGACAAUCAUCGUUACACGCUCCAGUGUCGCUUCACUUCAGGCAAAGAAAGGACUACCACUCGGAAACCAGGUCAUCGGUUGGCUUGUCCUCAUCGCCUCUGUCAUCCUGCCAUUCGUGCACCGGAUAGCACCAAACAAACACUACCUUCAUCGCCUGGUCAUUAUCUUCCUCACAUUUGCGCCAUCGUUUGUGCUCCUGACAAUCUCAUAUGAGGGCCUCUUCUACUUUGCCUUCUGCUUCACGUUGCUUACGUGGGUACGUCUCGAGCACGCCAUCCAGCUUCAUGAAUCGACGGACUCAGUGCCCUCGGCAAAUGGCAUCACCAUCACAUCGACAUCGCAGAAAUCCGAGAAUCUCCAUCCCGACCAGACCUUCCGCACCCUUGCACUCCCGGAUCUGCGCCGUGCCCUGUUCGUCCUCUUCUUUUUACAAUCCGCCUUCUUCUCCACCGGCAACAUUGGCUCCGUUUCGAGUUUCAGUUUGGAUGCUGUGUACCGACUCAUCCCAAUCUUUGAUCCUUUCUCUCAGGGUGCCCUUCUUCUCUUCAAGUUGAUGGUCCCAUUUGCUAUCAUAUCGGCGGCACUGGGAAUCCUCAAUCGCCGACUUGGGCUGCAGAGUUCGGCGCUGUUCAUGACGGUCAUGAGUAUCAGUGACGUGAUGACACUCAACUUUUUCUGGAUGGUGAAGGACGAGGGGAGCUGGUUGGACAUCGGCACGACGAUCAGUCACUUUGUGAUUGGGAGCUUGCUUUGUGUCUUUGUGGCGGGAUUGGAGGGGGUGAGCCAAGCUCUGAUCCAAGGGGUCGAGGUCGACAGCUACGAGGGUAGGACAAAGGAAACAGGAGGGGUUGAGGUGCUCUCAGGGAAGGUUGUGGAAGGUAAGGUGGGUGCCGACGUGCACGUAAAUGGGACAGCGAAUGGAGUUGUUAAGGUUACUGAAGGAAGAGAAGGCGUGGAUGAGAGACCGGUCAUUGAAUAG